AUGGCAGGAGGAGGAGCAGCACCACCGCCCAAAGUGGACGAGCUGGUCCCGCACCCUGUGAAGGAUCAGCUGCCCAAUGUUGCCUACUGCUUAACCAGCCCACCGCCCUGGCGUGAGUUUUCUCUUUUGGCUCAGUUAUCUCGACAUUAUCUCGUAAUACUCGUCUUAUCUUCCCUGACGUUUUGCUAGAUAGGGGAUUUAUUUACCCCGAGCUUUCUCUGUGCUAUGGUCCGUCUGGUGCUCUUCGUUCUUUGCUUUCCGUUCUCUCUCUAAUAUCUCCUCCAAAGCUCUCGUUGGUGGCUUUAAUUCUCUUCUACCAUUAAUUGUUUGCGUUCAUCCGCAGUGGAAUUUCAGGCAACUUUCACAUAUCUAUAAGGUUUUCGGAUCUUCCCUCCUCUGCAAUUCCACAUAUCGAGGUCGGAACGGGAUCGGGUGUUUUCACGUCUCACCGUAGUGCCCGGUUUGUCUUGAUUGGAGAUUGAUGAACAAGAAGGAAAAUGGAAAAUGGCGUCGACUUUCAACAUAAGCAUCCGUUGCUUGCGGGUUCUUAGUUGAGUAUAGUAGGGGAAGGCAUUUCCAUCGCUCAGGAUUCAAUCCAGCCACAGGUUCCCCUACGGCUACCUUGUUACGACGAGGCGCUAGUGCGACUAGGCGAGAUCGGACUUUUUAUAGUCCCGGUUUUAAGAUCAGUCUGAUCUUCUUGCUCUUUUUGAGAUGUCGUUCAUUCUUCAACUGUGAUCAUUUAGUAUUUCACUUGCUCCGUACUGUGGGAAUUGGGCUAUCUCUGCUGGAUAUUUUUUGAUUAGUAACCUAGUUGAAUUCAGCUAUUUUUCCAAUAUUUCUUGCCGUAAAUUCAUCUUCUCUAAUUAAUUUACUUUUCUGGUCCAAUUUAUUAAUCCAUUUUUUUUAUUUGGGCUCCUCGUAAUUUCUUGACUAUAGUCGAUGAAUUUGAAGUCACUCUGUUUUUUUAAUAUUUUUUUUCCCCUUUUAAUCUUCGUAUGAGGGUCUCGUUAGGUUCUGAAUUUGGUUGAAACACAAGUGGUAAUUCUUCCCUCUUGAUUGUCAUUUAGCGCCAUGGAAGCCAAGGUCUUGACACAUAUUUUAUCUUUUCUUCGUGAACUGUGAUGCAGCUGAGGCUAUUCUACUCGGCUUCCAGCACUACCUGGUGAUGUUGGGGACCACUGUUCUCAUACCAUCUGCCCUUGUUCCUCAGAUGGGUGGGGGCAAUGUAAGACCGAAUAACGAAUAUUAACUAUUAAAAGAAUAAAUAUUCCUCUUUUCUUGCAAUUUUUUUGUAAGAUUUCAGCUUAGCUUCAUCUUACUCAUUAAUAAUAUUUCCUCUUCCUCCAGGAUGAGAAGGCAAGAGUCAUCCAGACUCUUCAGUUUGUUGCUGGUUUGAAUACUCUGCUCCAGACCUUCUUUGGGACUCGUUUGCCUGCCGUAAUUGGAGGAUCAUACACCUUUGUUGUGCCCACGAUUUCUAUUAUCUUAGCUGGGCGGUACAGCAACAUCGUGGAUCCUCGUGAGGUCAGGACUCCCACCAGUUGAAUAGAAGAUUUUUGCCCCCAUUUUUAUGAUUAUUUUUUAAAUGACUCCUCCGUUUUGUGGUCCAGAAAUUCGAGCGAAUCAUUCGUGGGACUCAGGGCGCUUUAAUUGUUGCUUCAACAUUUCAGAUUGUCAUUGGCUUCAGUGGCCUAUGGCGUAUUGUUGGCAGGUUCGACCCUCCCAACUUCUUCUGUGAGGUGUCUUUAUCUUUCAUUGCUGAAAUUAUUAUUGUUAAUAUUAUUAUUUUAACUUUUGUUUCUUGGCUGGGCUUUCAGAUUCUUGACCCCUCUUUCGUCAGUUCCUCUGGUUACCCUCGUUGGCAUGGGGCUAUAUGAGUUGGGAUUUCCCGGGGUAAUUGUUCGCCCCCAGAUCUUGCCUUCAAUGGAGCUCAAUGAUUUAUGCCAUUCAUUCAUAUUGCUAUUUUCUAAAUAUUCAUUUCAUAACCUUAGCUGAUCACAGUCUCCUUUUCCCCUCCAAGGCAAGCUAAUUUUCUGUUUUAUCAUUUUCAUAGGUUGCCAAAUGCAUUGAGAUUGGGCUUCCACAGCUUAUACUGCUAGUCAUAUUAUCACAGGUAUUCCUAAUUAAUUCUAACAUUUUUUUUCAUCUGGGAAUUACUAAAAAUUCGAUUGUUUCAUUUUUUAUCGCGCCUUACUUUCAGCAGCUUUCUCCAAAGUAAUUUAUUUUUCCUUCUUUUGCAGUAUUUGCCCCAUGUGUUGCAUGGGCAAGUCUUUGCUCGGUUUGCUGUAUUAUUUUCUGUGGCAAUUGUAUGGAUCUAUGCCCACAUUCUCACUGUUGGGGGGGCAUACAGGCAUGCGCCCCAAAAAACCCAGUUGCAUUGCCGCACCGAUCGUGCUGGCCUUGUUGGAGGCUCUCCUUGGUAAUCGCAAUGCCCUUCAUUUUAAAUCUAUAGGGAGCUUUUGGACCAGAAUUGGCCUAUAUUGACCGGUUUUGGAUGCUUUAUUUCAACCAAAAUUUGAAGAUUCUAGCCCAGAAUCUCUUGAUAUUACCGGUUUUGGAUGAGUUAUUAUUUCCAAAAAAUUGGAGAAAGAGUCUAGGUAGGUUAUUUGUUGAAGAGUCUAGCUCGGAAUCGUUCUACAUUGACCCAUUUUUCAUGUAUCAUUGCUUCCGAAAUUGGAAAAUAAUUUAGCCACACUAUUUUGGAGAUUCUAUCCCAUGAUUGGUCAAUGUUGACUUGUUUUGGAUGUUCUCUUAUAUUCAAAAUCGGAAAUAACCUUGGCAUAUUGCUUUGCAUGUUCUAUGUAGCCCAGAAUCGGUCUUUAUUGACCAGUUUCAGAUAUAGUAGUGGAUCCAAAAUUGGAUAUAAUCUAGGUAGAUUGUUUCGGAUAUUCUAGCCCAGAUGAUGUCUACAUAAACCAGUUUUAUACACAGCAUUAGAUCCAAAACUGGAAGCAACAUAGGCAGUUCUUCUCGGAUAAUCUAGCCCAAAAUCAGUCUAUAUCUCGGCAUAUUUCGUUCCCAAAUUUAGCGCAUUUUUUUUUAUACCCGCCUAAGUUUCUGGGGGAUUGUAACUUCCCUCGUAGAUCAGAUCAGGAUGAGCCGAUUCCAAACACCCGGGUUAGAAAAAGCCUGAAGUAGUUGAAGUUUUCCUCACACAGGAUUCGGAUUCCAUACCCAUUUCAAUGGGGGGCACCAACAUUCGACGCAGGAGAGGCCUUCGCCAUGAUGUCCGCUUCUUUUGUCUCUCUUGUUGAGGUUUGGGUCCUCUUCAUUCCUGCUUUCUAUCUAUGCGCAAGGCUCAUGGCUGAUCUUCAUUUCCCACCCUUUCUCUUGCAUGAAGUCCACUGGUGCCUUCUAUGCCGUCUCAAGAUACUCUAGUGCGACCCCAUUGCCACCUUCUGUUCUCAGCCGUGGCGUCGCCUGGCAGGUACUGGAGCUCGAGCCUUCUUCUUUCUGGUUCAUUUUGAUUAUUCGGGAGAAAAGGUUUUGGAGAAUGAGAAGAUUCUUCAUGAAUUAGGGCGUCGGGAUUUUACUCAGCGGGCUCUUCGGAACAGCCAAUGGGUCAUCGGUGUCUGUGUAAGAACAUGUUUCCGAGUCACCAGAUUUCUCUCUAGCUUUCUUAUCCGGAUAUUCUGUGUUGACGAUCUGCCGAUUCUUCCUUUGAACUAUUUCUGCAGCGAAAAUGCGGGCUUGCUGGCCUUGACGCGGGUCGGCAGCCGUCGAGUCGUGCAGAUCGCCGCAGGAUUCAUGAUUUUCUUUUCAGUUCUUGGUAGGUCCUCUGAAACUCGUUGCUCAGCUCAAUGAAACGCAGCGAAUUCGCUCUCGCAUCUCGCAAUCUUCUUUUUUAUUCUAUUUUCUCAAGUAAUAAUCGAUCGCAAAGUAUUGGUCCACCCAGUUCUUAGAUCACUCGGGUGGACUGAAUGCAAUCCAUUUUUAUAUGCCACCCUCUCUGGAGGAGUAAAAACACCGUCUUUUUUUUUUCUCUGCACAAAAGAAAAUACAAAAGAAGAAAAAUCUCCGUGGGGAAUAUGAGAGAGAGAGAGAGAGAGAGAGAGAGAGAGAGGGCUUUAUCUGAGUUUUCAUCCCUUGGUUGGGCUCUCUGUGCAGGGAAAUUCGGAGCGGUAUUUGCUUCCAUCCCGGCCCCGAUUAUUGCGGCGAUCUACUGUGUCCUCUUCGCAUAUGUCGGUGCGUGUUCUUUUUAUUUGUUUAUUUCUUUAAUUAUUACCAUUAUUUUAAUUUUUUGUAAUCCUGAAACAGGGGUGGCGGGCCUGAGCUUCCUCCAGUUCUGCAACCUGAAUAGCUUCCGUACCAAGUUCAUCCUCGGGUUCUCCAUCUUCCUGGGCUUAUCCGUGCCCCAGUACUUCAACGAGUACACCUCCGUGGCCGGCUACGGGCCCGUCCACACCAGCGGCCGAUGGGUACCAGACAAACAAAACCACCAUUUCUUCUCAAUUUUCCUCCUUUUUAUGAGCUAUUUAUUCUUUUGCUCAACAAUCAAAGGCCUCUCUUUCUUUUCUUUUUUUGUUGAAGUUUAAUGACAUCGUCAACGUGAUCUUCUCGUCGGAGGCGCUCGUGGCGGGGAUGGUGGCGUUCUUCCUGGACAACACCCUGCACCGGCACGACCCGGCGGUGAAGAAGGACCGAGGGCACCACUGGUGGGCGAAGUUCCGAUCUUUCAAGUCAGACACUCGGAGUGAGGAGUUCUACUCCCUGCCCUUCAGCUUGAACAGGUUCUUCCCCUCCAAUUGA